CCUCCUGCCCUGCCCUGGCAGGCCAAGGCUGGCCACAGCCUCUUAAUAUUUAAGGAGAGCAAGAGCCCCCCUCACCCAGUGAGCGCACAGAGACCACGCGGCUUGGUUUGACUUUGGCCAGAGUCUUCAAGAUGCCAAACUGGGGUGGAGGAGCAAAAUGUGGAGCCUGCGAAAAGACGGUCUACCACGCAGAAGAAAUCCAGUGCAAUGGCCGGAGCUUCCACAAGACCUGCUUCCACUGCAGUGUCAACCUCCUAAUCCAGUGGGGAGCAGGACUGCUCUCCAAGAACUCAGAUGCAUGUGUAGUGGCCUGCAGGAAGGCUCUGGACAGCACCACAGUGGCAGCUCACGAGUCAGAGAUCUACUGUAAGGUCUGCUACGGGCGCAAGUAUGGCCCCAAGGGGAUCGGGUACGGCCAAGGCGCUGGCUGCCUCAGCACAGACACAGGGGAGCACCUCGGCCUGCAGUUCCAACAGUCCCCAAAGCCAGCACGAUCAGCCACCGCCAGCAACCCUUCCAAGUUCACGGCGAAGUUUGGAGAGUCAGAGAAGUGCCCUCGGUGUGGAAAGUCAGUCUAUGCUGCUGAGAAGGUCAUGGGAGGAGGCAAGCCUUGGCACAAGACCUGUUUCCGCUGCGCCAUCUGUGGGAAGAGCCUGGAGUCCACAAAUGUCACUGACAAAGAUGGGGAACUUUACUGCAAAGUUUGCUACGCCAAAAACUUUGGCCCAACAGGCAUUGGAUUUGGGGGCCUUACACACCAAGUGGAAAAGAAAGAGUGAAGGGAGCGUCUCUUCUCAAGCCCUUCGCCACAUCGCUGAGUUUACCUGUACAGAGGAGGUUUUCCCCGGCAGCCUUGUUUGUAGUGGGUCGACAUUCUCUUCAGAAUUGAUCAUAGGCUUUUCCAAAGUGAGAAAAAAAAAUCUUCGGAAGAAAAUUAUUUAAACUUUAAUCUAUAACAAAAGCUUUAUUAUUUACGAUUCUUGGGACGGGAGAGGCAAUAAAUGUUUUGGUGGUA